CCGUGAAGCUGUCAGUCUGAUUCUGCACCAUUGUUCCCCGAGCAGCCGGAAGAAGUCCCUGUAUAAGCACUACUGUAUGCGACAGCUGCACCGGUCAGCCCAGUAUACUGUGCUGGAAACUGGCUCUAGGUUCACCACUUUCUGCUUAAUAAAGGAUUCUGCAAGGUAAAACUGGAUCAUGGUGGAGGAAAAAAAAAUUGUGAACUCUCAGAGCUUCAUGGGGCGUCAGGCAGGAGGAUACUGAAAAUUAUAACGAAAUGAAUGAAGAGAAGUGGGUCGUCGCAUUAUAACACAUUUAGCUAAAGACAUCCCACCCAUGUGAUCUCACAGGCUGCCUCUGCUCCCUGCUCCACUCUCUGCUCCAGUCAGGCUCCUGCCUUUCAGCCCGGCUGCAGCUAAUGAGCCUUUGUGCGGCCAAAGAUAGAAAGCGAAGGGAGAGUGCAACACAGUGACAGAAGAGGCAGUUGAAGUGAGAAAGAGUGUCGUCUCGCAACAAUAAAGCAUAUGUUACCGACAACGCAGGCAGAGCUGGAAAAUUACUCGUCUCCCUCAACCUCCUGCACUCUCUGCUCUCCCUUUUUCUCCCUCGCUCAUGCCCGUGAAGCUCAGGGGUCGCUGCAAGUCAGUGGGCUGAGACAAAAUGAGAAUCUCUCCAUUCAUCAUGUUUCACCUUCUCUGAGUGGCCACAUUUGUGACUGGGUGGUUGUAGCGCUGUGAGAAGAGGUGAGAGGAGUCACACUCGGCCAGUGGAUACAGGUGCAGAUGCGGCAGGCCAUGAGCGGAAUACUGAAGAGAAAAUUUGAGGAGGUGGAAGCCUCCUCCUCCCCAUGCUCCUCUGUGCGGGAGUCUGAUGAUGAGGUCUCCUGCAGUGAGAGUGGGGAUAGCAGCGACAGUGUUAACCCCUCAACUUCAGGUCCUUUCACCCCCGACUCGAUCUUGAAGCGGGAGAAGCGCCUGCGGGCAAGAAGGGUGCAUUUUGAGAAUGUGACCGUGUACUACUUCAGCCGGCGGCAGGGCUUCACCAGUGUGCCCAGCCAGGGCGGCAGCACUCUGGGCAUGUCCAACAGGCACAGCUGGGUCAGACAAUACUCCCUUGGAGAGUUUGCCUUGGAGCAGGAGAGGAUCCACAGAGAUAUGCUCAAAGAUCACUUGAAGGAAGAGAAACUCAACUCAAUAAAGCUAAAGCUGACCAAGAAUGGCACAGUGGAGUCGGAAGAGGCCAACACGCUCACAGCAGAAGACAUCUCAGAUGACGACAUUGAUCUUGACAACACAGAGGUGGACGAGUACUUCUUUUUGCAGCCUCUUACUACUAAAAAGCGCCGGGCACUGCUACGCUCCUCCGGCGUGAAGAAGAUUGACGUGGAGGAGAAGCACGAGCUUAGAGCCAUUCGCAUGUCCAGAGAAGACUGUGGCUGCGACUGCAGGCUCUUCUGUGACCCUGAGACGUGUGCUUGCAGCAUUGCAGGGAUCAAGUGUCAGGUGGAUCGAAUGUCAUUUCCAUGCGGCUGCACAAAAGAAGGUUGCAGCAAUUCAACUGGAAGAGUAGAGUUUAAUCCCAUCCGCGUUCGAACUCAUUUCCUGCACACCAUCAUGAAGCUGGAGCUGGAGAAGAGCCGCGAACAGCAGCAAACCUCCCAGGCCAACGGUUACUGCGCGGAAACCAACGACAUGGGGAACGGGAACCUGUUCACGCAGUCGCAGCACAGGUUGGAGUACUCUUUGUCUGAUGCUGUCCCACAGACGGCUGCAAUGCACCUGCACUCUGCAGAUGAGAUGGAGGAGCCUCUGGAUGAUGAAGACGAGGAGGAUGAGGAAGAAGAGGAGGAAGAAGAAGAGGAGGAGGAGGAGAACGAAGAUGACGAGGAAGACGAGGAGGACAGCAGCAGCGUAUGUAGCGGGUUGUCUGAUUCCAGCACACAAAGCUUUGCGAAUAGCGACUCGGAGGACGAGGAGGAACCUGCAGGGAAGUCUGAGAAUUAUGAGGCUGACAUGACGCCUCUAGCAGUUUCUCACACUGAGGUGGUGCCAAUGUCCUCGGUGAUGUGCUACACUGACGGCUCCGUGGGUCAUGACAGCCGUAUAAAUGGAAACCCUUACAUAAUGAACUCUUCCUCCGCUGACUACUAUCAGCUGGGGAGCUCCAGUGCCGACUCGAAGGUCCAUGCCAGUCGGCCCAGUGAGUCUUACAGGGAGGCGCUAGCAUUCCCAGAAACGGUCGGCGCAACCAAUGGAAAUUUGGCCCAGGGACCGUUCAGCAUGACCUCUGGGGAAUUCACUGGCUACUCUAAUCAUACGGAGGAGGAGUACACAACCAGUCACCACCGUAAUCUGAAUGGGGGCGGUCCGGCUGCCGCUUUGUGCUGCUACCCACCCGACCAAAACACCAAGGUGCUGUCCAAGGCCAUGUUUGUGGAGCAGCGCGAGAACCAGAACCAGACAGAGUUUCAAAACUACCUUAACAACAACAGCCAGGAGUCCUACAGCAGUAACAGCGUCACAGGUAUGGCAGCAGAACAGCCACCCCAAGAAUCAAGUGCUAAUGAACAUCCUGAUUUAACCUUACUAUCAAACAAUACUAAGAAACUCCCUUUACCAGACCAUUGCCCUGAGGUCACAGCCAAUUAAGAGGCCUCAAGCUUUUAAUUAUUACAUCCUCACUUGAACUCGACUAUGGCAUACUUUUAUGGAACAUCUUCAUUGCCUUUUUUGAAAACUACUUUCAGAGCAAUGUACGAAACAAUACUACAUUUUUCAUCCAUAACUCUUAAGCCAUAGGUUUGUGAUGGAAACACUUUUGUGGUACUGUUGACAAAUGCAGGUUUCUCUGUUACCGUGUUCGUGCUCAGCUCCAAGACGAUACAAAACAAUA